AGCAAUGCUAAUGCUAGAAUUGAGGGCUAAUCACGAAUUUCUUCUCCCCCUAAAUUCCCAACACCAUUCCUUCAAUUUCCGCCACUGAAACCCGCCGAAGAAGAAAAAGAAGAAGAUCACCACUCCCAAAUCCAAAUUCAAUUAUAAGAUUCACCGUUCCCCGCCGGAAUUCAUUCCCCCCACACGGGAGCCACCGCAGCGCCCUUUCAUUUCAUCCCAACCAUUUCCCCAAUCUAAAAGAAAAUCAAAUGGCACAGCGGACCGAUCACCUCGAUGCAAAAGAUGAAUCCCUAACCGACUGUUGCACCGCCGAUAGUACCGGUUCCUUUCGGUUUAACGUCUCUGCGCCGGAAUUCGUGCCGUCGCUGGUGCACACGCCGGUGCAGGUCCCCAUCGCCGGCUAUUUUUAUCCCUGCUUUCACUACGUCGAUGGGACUGGCACGGCUGCCGGAAGUUGGAUGUACGUCACCGCCGAUCAGGAGACUCCAAUGCCGGUGGUGCAAUCGCCGUCGCUGUCGCCCAAGCCUGCCGCGCCGGUCGAACCGGCGCAGACGUCGCAGCCGUUCCAGAAUCCGGCAAAGGAAAUUAUCCUCACCGAUGAAAUUAGGGCUAAGAUCAUCAAACAGGCAGAGUACAUGUUUAGUGACAUGAGUUUGCUAGCCAACGAAACACUAAUGAAGCAUGUGAACAAAGAUCCCGAAGGCUUUGUUUCUUUGAAUUUUGUCUCAACUCUAAAGAAACUCAAAUCCCUUAAUGUUAGCAAUCAGGUGGUCGCAGAAGCCCUCCGUUCCUCUACCGAACUGGUUGUAAGCAAUGAUGGCAAGAAGGUUCGACGCAAACAGCCCUUUACAGACAAAGAAAAAGAGGAGCUGCAGUUGAGAGCUGUGAUUGCUGAGAAUCUACCUGAUGAUCACUCACAUCAGAAAAUCGAGAAGAUGUUUAACGUAGUUGGCAGAGUUAAGGCUAUCCGAAUAUGCCAGCCACAAGAACACAGUUCCUCCCGUGCUUCUAAAGGCGAUGUUGUCGUCAGCAAUAAACUCGAUUUUUUCUUGAAGCUCCACGCUUUAGUUGAGUAUGAGAAUCCCGAAACAGCAGAGAAGGCGGCUGAGAAGCUGAACGACGAAAGGAAUUGGAGGAAAGGCAUGCGAGUGAGGGUUAUGCUAAAGCGCCCGGCGACAAACAAAGCAAGCUCCAAUGGCCGAACCGUUACCAUAGCAAAUUCCUUACAAAAACCAGCCGAGCCAAAGUCUGCAGCAUCGAAGAACAGGAAGUCAGAUUCUGAAGACGACAAAGGGUCCACUCACUUGCUGCACGAAGACACAGUUCACCACGUGAACUCCUCCGAAACAUCUGAUGCUGAUGAAAAUCCUCCGCCCCUACUAAGGCGAAGUUGGUCUAGAAGCCGCGACAAACCCAAGCAACGAGCUCAACUGAAGACUGCGCGCAGCCUGCCGACACCAUCUACCACCACUGCUGCUGCUGCCGCUGCCGCCACCACCCUCAACUCCUGCCCCGGGCAGCCCCUGGUGAAAGGGCCCCGAAUGCCGGAUGGAACGAGGGGAUUCACUAUGGGCAGGGGAAAGCCAGUGGCUAUCCCUGUGCAGUCCAGCUGAAGGUAAAAUACUUAUGGUUCAUUUCUGUAUGUAUAUGUAUAUAUGUACAUGUAGAGAUCUAGUAGUUCGUUUCGUGGGAGGUGUUGUUUGUUUGUUGAAUUGAAUUGAGAAUUGGGGGAGUUUUGGGAUGUUGCUGCCAGGCUUCCUUCCUUCCUUUUAGUUUGUACUAUAUGUAAUGUUAUGUAGUAGGAGUGAUUAGUGAUCUGUAGGAUUGAUUGGAUCCACACAUUGCUCCUGUUAUAUUACACAUUUA